GCCGCCCGCUACGGGACGCGCGAGCGGCUACCAGCAACCCGACAAGCCGCACAGGCGGCUCCCGCGCGCGCCAGCGUCCAACGCUCUCGUCUCGCACAGUGUCUCCUCUCCCGCUCGCGUUAUCAUCAGCCGGCUGCUACUCUACCCCGCGCCGCUGCAUUGCUUUGCGUUGCCACGGAGUCGCCGGAAAAUUGUGACGACGUGAUGCUCCGGGGAGUCCUGUCGCGUGCACACGGCGCCGACGCGGCAGCGAUGAAGCCCAAGCGGGCGGCCGACGAGGAGGAAGGCGAGCGGGGGAGGGAGCGCGCGCGGGGGAAGCGGAUGGCCGCCGAGGGGAAGCAGGGGUUGGUGGCGGUGGCGGUGGCGGCUGGGGAGGAGGAGGGGGAGAAGGAGGAGGAGGCGGCGGCGGAGAUGCGUGGGCUGCGGCUGCUUAACCUGCUGCUCAGGUGCGCCGAGGCGGUGGCGAUGGACCAGCUGCCGGAGGCGCGGGACCUGCUGCCGGAGAUCGCCGAGCUGGCGUCGCCGUUCGGGUCGUCGCCCGAGCGAGUCGCGGCCUACUUCGGGGACGCGCUGUGCGCGCGCGUGCUGAGCUCCUACCUCGGGGCCUACUCGCCGCUCGCGCUCCGCCCGCUCGCCGCCGCGCAGAGCCGCCGCAUCUCCGGCGCGUUCCAGGCGUACAACGCGCUCUCGCCGCUCGUCAAGUUCUCGCACUUCACGGCGAACCAGGCGAUCUUCCAGGCGCUCGACGGCGAGGACCGCGUCCACGUGAUCGACCUCGACAUCAUGCAGGGGCUCCAGUGGCCGGGCCUCUUCCACAUCCUUGCCUCCCGCCCCAGCAAGCCGCGGUCGCUCCGGAUCACCGGGCUCGGCGCGUCGCUCGACGUCCUCGAGGCCACCGGCCGCCGCCUCACCGACUUCGCCGCGUCGCUCGGCCUGCCCUUCGAGUUCCGGCCAAUCGAGGGGAAGAUCGGGCACGUCGCCGACGCCGCCGCCCUCCUCGGCCCGCGCCACCACGGGGAGGCCACCGUCGUGCACUGGAUGCACCACUGCCUCUACGACGUGACCGGCUCCGACGCCGGCACGGUGCGCCUGCUGAAGAGCCUGCGGCCGAAGCUGAUCACCAUCGUGGAGCAGGACCUCGGCCACAGCGGCGACUUCUUGGGCCGGUUCGUGGAGGCGCUGCACUACUACUCGGCGCUGUUCGACGCGCUGGGCGACGGCGCCGGCGCCGCGGAGGAGGAGGCGGCGGAGCGCCACGCGGUGGAGCGGCAGCUCCUGGGCGCUGAGAUACGCAACAUCGUCGCCGUCGGUGGACCCAAGCGCACCGGCGAGGUGCGCAUCGAGCGGUGGGGCGACGAGCUCCGGCGGGCGGGGUUCCGGCCGGUGACCCUGGCCGGCAGCCCCGCCGCGCAGGCGAGGUUGCUACUUGGCAUGUAUCCAUGGAAAGGCUACACGCUCGUCGAAGAGGACGGCUGCCUCAAGCUUGGUUGGAAGGACCUGUCCCUGCUCACCGCCUCGUCGUGGGAGCCGACAGACGCCGACGCCACCGCCGCCGGCGAUGCCCACCAUGAGGACCACAAUUCUUGAUCACAUGAUCGCAGUAGAAAAAAUCGCAGCUUUUCUUGGUCAUCUUCAAUUUCUUCAUCCUCGCUACUUCAUUCGAUCGUUCGUUCCUCCUCCUGUGAGUACUAUUUUGGCCGAUGAUUAAGCUUGUAAUAUAAUCAUAUAGGCUUCAUCAUUCGUUCCCUCUCCAGUCCAGGUUGCCAUGAACACCAUUUCCAUUACCACACAGAAAUCUUCUUCUUCCAAAAGAAAAAAAAAAACACAACUUUUCUGAGCAACCGAUACCCGCAAAAUCCUAAUGUGCAUCGCCAUCAUCAUCUGCCUGCUGCUUCAUCGAAAAUUUGGAUUUCUAGAGAGGCUGUCAACUAGUCAUCGAUUUAAUUGUGGACAGGGCGCCGGGGAUGUGAUGUGAGGUGAGAUGAGAUGAGAUGAGAUGACAAAUGACUAUAUAAUUAAGGAGGUGCUUGCACGGCCGGGUUCUGAUAAUCAACUCGAUAGUAUAGUAGUUCGAUGUCACAGCAGAACAGUGACAGCUUACCCGUCGGCUCUAUCGAAAACUCGCAAAAAUGUACUGGCUAACACACACUGUUCAGUUUCAGUUUCACGGCUUUAUUAUGCUUAUUCUGUUAUUCACUUGUCUAGUUAAGGAACCACUCUGAGAAAGCUAUUAC